GUUUGAUCAGAAGAUCAAGAACAGACCUGUGGUGAUAUACAUAUAAGGCUUGGAGAAUAACUCCGUCUCUGAACUGUUGUCUUCAUUUACAUUAAAGAGGAUAAGGAUUUGGAAUGACGCUGCAGAGGUCUUGUUUUGUGGAUUUGUCUGAAAAACGAGAUAUGUCAGACGUGGGUGGCGCUACUUAUGACGAAGAAGCAUUAUCUGUUUCGGAAAUGCUAAGCAGCCACAUGGACGUAUCUCGAGCAACGGAACUAAGCCAGUCAAUGGCAAGCGAAAGAUUUUCUCCAACUGAAUCGCCCAUCACUGCUUGUUGCAGUGCGGACCAGACCGGAAUAUUUAGCUGUACAUUUUGUAGAAAGCCUCUUCGGGCAGCUAACACGAUCCGACGAUCCAAGUUGAGAUCACGGAACCUCGACGACUGUGGCACAGCGCCACACGAAAGUACUGCUGUAACUAGUACAGACAGGAGUGACAAUGAAUUAGAAAUGAGACUAGGGCAAAAUCGGUCAAUAAAUUCGGAACACUCGGAAGCGGUCAUGCAAAAUGACAGUGACAUACCUAACUUGUCAAGCGAAAAUUUAUGCCGGAAACACCGACGAAAUUCCGUGGAGCGGGGAGUUACCAAACAAUCCACGUGGCGUGUGCACCGACGAAUACUUCCCGCCAUUCAUUCAAGCGUGACGAUAGUUCUGCUUCAAGUGCUUUUGUUCUGUACAGUCAACGUCGCCGCUGUGUGGUGGAAUCCUGGAUAUCGACCAACACUUAUGGACAGCGAGAGAAUCUGUCUUUGGGCUCAACAAAUCGGAGGACCCCAGGCGGAAAUGUGCGCCAACGAAAUGCCUGUAGUUGAAGAGAUUAAGAAGGGAAUUCAAAGGGGUGCUUACAACUGUGCGCGGGAAUUCCGCUAUUCGAGAUGGAACUGCUCGCAAACCCCGAAAAAAUUCUACGAAAAAGCUCUUUGGCAAACAACGAAGGAAACCAGCUACCUUCAAGCGGUGACGUCAGCAGCUAUGACGUUUGCCAUAACGGAGGCGUGCAGCCUUGGCAACAUACCCGAAUGCGGCUGUGUCAACACACGCGGACAGAAGAGGGAAUACCUCAGAAGGGAAGCCCAAAAGCGCAACUAUUACAUAAACGAAAGCUACCUCGACACUUUCGUUGACCAAUUCGACUGGGAAGGUUGUGAUGACAACGUGGACUUUGCUUACCGGAAGACAAGGCAUUUUCUCAACUUCACGCGGUUUAUUGGACGGAAGAGAAAGAUUAAUCUUCGAUUGCGAAUGAGCGCUCAUAAUUAUGAAGCCGGCCGCCUGGCGAUCACUGAGAAGAUGGCUGAAAAGUGCAAAUGCCACGGAUUCUCUGGCACGUGCACUAUUCGCACUUGCUGGAUGCGAAUGCCAAAGUUUGACGCUGUGCGGGCGACGUUACGCCGGAUGUAUAACACUGCGACCAAAGUCAACCUUCAGCCCGGGACUAGGAGGCUUGUCAUCGCCAGGAGACCACGGCGUCCUUCGUCUCGACACAGGAACACAGCAUCUAGAAGAACGAACAAAGUAAAAAGAGGACUGCGGAAAAACAUCCCGACUCGUUUUCGGUCUCGAAACCGUAAAGCCAAAAAUCCUCGUCGGCGUAUUCGUUUAAAGAAUCGGUUGCGAAGACGCCUUUACCCCGUCGCAAGCAAGCAUUUAGUCUACCACCAGCCAUCGCCGAACUUCUGCCGGCGAGACAAGCGUAAAGGCAGUCUAGGUACCAAAGGUCGCGUGUGCGAUCCGACUCGACGGGAAGGGUACGGAAGCUGUCAGUACAUGUGCUGCGGCCGCGGCUAUACGACUGAGGUAGUCGAACACACAAUGAAAUGCAACUGUACUUUCAUCUACUGCUGCACUAUGACAUGCGACGAAUGUAUAAACCGGUACACACGAUACGUUUGCAGAUAAGCUGUACCAAGCUUGCCAUUGUGCUUGCAAUCGCUACUAUCCACCGUCGAUACAACAGUUACAUUUGCAAAGCUGUAAAAUGUCAAGCGGGUAUCUAUGGUCAACAUGUGUAAAGUUUUUCACACGUAGUUACAUCGUCCAUCAUUUAUACAACUAAACUGUAGUUGGUGAAAAUAAGGGAGUUCGAUUAAAGCACAAGAGAAUAUAUGCUGCAGGCAGCUAGUUUUUUACUGAUUUCAAAGACACUUUAAAACGGUAUUUAAGUCCUGGUCAACAAGGUUUUGCAUUGCGCCGUACCCCCAUAUGUUCCGAAUGUCGACCUUGCAAGACGUGUUUUUCCAGGCAGCAAGCCCCCCUUGCUUGCUUUCAUACAACAGCACCUUUACCACUUCGAACCCUUUUGGUCAACCUCAUUUUCACCGUUCUGGUUAUUUAUUUUUUCCUGCCGUUAUUUCUAUACAGCUAUUUACGUACUUCUUUUUCAACGUGCGCCUAUGUUUCACUUCUCUACUUAUCAUUUUGCCGUUGCGCAUUCGUUCUGGACAGUAAACUGAAACCGUGCUUCGGAACAUUUA